CUGGCAGAGGUGACACCUAAGGAGACUUAAGGGAGAGAGACAUGGGCGGGCGUGUCAUGGCCAGCAACCGUGUUCAGCCACCUUUGGGGUUGAAGUGAGGCUGGGUGGGCAUGAGGCUGAGUGGUCAGAAGGGCCUUCGCCUACAGCAGCUCCCGCAGCACACCUGGAUGGAGGCUCAGCAGAGGAGGGGAGCAUUCAGCCUGCUCCGAGGCACAGCUGCUGCUGGAGCUGGGCCUGGGGGAGUAAGAGCUUGGGGGACAGAGCACAGAACUUCCCAGCAGCAGCUGGCGUGUGCAAAGAUUCCAGCCACGAGGAACAAGCCAAGUGCUGGGCUCUGCCAGCAAAGCUCAGUCAGGUCUUCGGAGUGUGCCACGCAGGCUGACAGUGGCCAGGCCCCAGCCCUCUCUCUAGAGAUGCGUGCCCCCUGAGCUCACUGGAGUCUGUUGGAAUGGGCUCCAGGAGGCUCCAGGGCCUGGCUGUGAGGACACUCGUGUGCACACUGUGCCCAGGAGGUUCAGUCUGGGCCUCAUGCUUAGAGUCCGCACGCACAGUUUUGGAUGGUGAUGUAAAUAGGGAGGUCACAGAAGGUCGAAAAGCAGAUCCCCCCUCAGUGGCGUCUGCCUGGGUCAAUGUCGGCCUCUCCCUGAGGUAGGGUGCUUUGGACAAAAAAAGCACGCGUGUUUCCCACACACCUAUUCAGACUAAUCUGCAAGGACAUUUUUUAAGUUAAAAACAAUGACAGCUCUAUGUAUCAUUUGUCACCAUUGACAGAAAGACAGUGGAGGCUUUGGUAGCAGCACCUCCUUGUGUGCAGGCCGAGCUAGCAGGAGGGGUUCACAGGAAGAAGUGUCAUGCUCAUGGCCCCCCGGGGCGGGACUGGUACCUGAAUCUUGUCUGGUGUGGUCAUGAGCUCCAUAUAGCGUCCUUCUCGGGGUUGGGGAGGUGUCAGGGUGGCCAGGUGCAACUCGACCUGGGGCCAUGUGUGCCAUGGAGUCCUUUUAUUUCAUCAACGAGUCACAGGUCUUUGUUGCCGUAGGUGGCUCCAAACAGGACAUUCGUGAACGAAUUUGGGACUACAUGGAGUCAGAAAAUGUAGCUGACUUUCCCCGGCCUGUUCAUCACAGGAUCCCCAACUUUAAGGGCGCCUCUCGUGCCGCGGAGCACUUCCCGCGUUUGCAGGUGUUCAGAACAGCCAGGACCAUCAAAGUGAAUCCCGACGCUCCCCAGAAGAAUGCGCGCUUCCUGGUCCUGGAUAGCAAAAAAACCUUGCUGGUUCCAACGCCCCGGCUGAGAACAGGAUUGUUUAAUAGGAUCACACCUCCUCCUGGAGCCAACAAAGAGAUGUUGAGAAAAUGUGCCACCUCCCAGGGGGUGAGGGACUUCAGUGUGCCCGUCGGCUUGGAUUCCAGAGUCCUUGUGGAUCUAGUUGUCGUGGGAUCUGUUGCUGUGUCUGAAAAAGGCUGGAGGAUUGGGAAGGGAGAAGGUUACGCUGACCUUGAAUACGCCAUGAUGGUGUCGAUGGGAGCCGUCCACGAGGGGACGCCAGUGGUCACCAUCGUCCAUGACUGCCAGGUGGUAGACAUCCCUGAGGCGCUCCUCGAGGACCAUGACCUCACUGUGGACUACAUCCUCACUCCAACCAGGGUCAUCUCCACGGGCUGCAAGCGCCCAAAGCCGGCAGGAAUCACAUGGUCCAAGAUCAGCCCUGAGAUGCUUGGGAAAAUCCCGGUACUCAGAAGCCUCCGCGACCGAGAGAAGCGGGCGGGGAAGGACAUCGCUCUUCAGGCUGAGCACCAGCCCUUCCUGGGAUCCGCCAGCCAGCACCCAGCGCUGCCAGGCACGGUCAGGAGGCCCCACGAUGCACCCCGGCCAGGGGCAGAUUCCCUGGAAGCAGCCUGUGGCCCCCGUGAGGGGGAGGACGUGCCGACUGCCACCGUGUGUGUGGGGAACCUCCCCCACGAUGCCCGCGUGAGGGACCUGAAGAGAGCCCUCCGUGAGCUCCGGGUGGCGCCCCUGCAACUCUCCUGGCGGGGACCACAGCACAGGGCGCUCCUCCACUACCGGGACCUGGCUGCAGCCCAGCAGGCCGCCUCCUGCUUGCAGGGCCUGCACCUGGGUGACAGUGCCCUGACUGUGGCCCUGGCCAGACCGUACAACAAGUCACCUGGGGGCUGCCCAGGCAGCUAGAGCCACCCUGGGGAGGAGUGUGACGUCCUGCCGUGCUGCUGCUGCGGCACUUGAGUCUGUAGCCCAGGGGAUGUGGGGGCGCCUCUGAGGCUCCUGUGCUGCCCCAGUGUCCCCGAGAGGGUGUGUGCAUGUCCUUAGGCCCCCAGAGGGGGACCUCGCUCACACCUUGAAACAAGAAGCUCUGGGACCUGGGUCCCGGUUUUCCUGCUGCGGUGCCCGUUAAGAUGGCAGCUCCCUGUCUUGCCUGCUCCCUGCCUGCGCCAGAGCUGAGGCCGCCCCUGGGAUGGGAGACGUGGCUGCACAGGUGGCCAUCAGAGCUGACGGGCCCGGCCCUGACGCCACCACCUCAGCUCCUGUGCCCAGCUGUGCCCCACACCAGCGCCACCCUCAUGCUGCACAGUGAGACCAGUCAGUGAGUCCAGGUGAGCCCGUCCCUGGGGCUCUCUGUCCACGGCCACCAAAGUGAUCCUCACCUAACCUGUCAACGCGCAGAGGAUCUGAAACUCCUUUAAUUCUUAGAAAUUAAAAUUGUCAUAAAAUAAAAGACUGAUUGAUUGGCAGGAGGUCAGUCAGCUGGAAGGUCAGGCUGCAGGCUCUCCCCGAAGCUUCCUUCUGAAGUCGUCUGGGAGGGCACUGCCUGUCCUCUGUGGCCCACAGCCGAGUCCCCCACUAACUGUAGAAUUUAUUUUUUUAAUGCAAUAACAACAAAAACAAGUAAGUGCCUGGAACCUGCCUGUCAGGUGGCUCAGGGCUUAUUCGAAUAAAGCGACACUUCCAGAUGAGUGACAGAGCUGGGCAGACACCUCUGGGUUCUAGAUGACAGCUUCUCCCUGGAAUGGCCCCUCAAGUGGCAAGCAAGAUCCCAGCAGGGGUCUCAGGGCACCAGGACGCUGGCAAGCUGGGGAGUAAAUGCUCAGGAGUGACCCCAACAAGCAGAGCUGGGGCUGGGCCAGGCCUCGGCACCCCCACUCUCCUGCAGGGUGCUUGACGGACCGGUGGGUUCAGCUCUGCCAUUUGUUGGAAAGGAUGGGUGUGUAGGAGUCCCUCUGGGAGCAGCCAACCCAGACGUAAGGGCGACGCAGCUCUGAAAACAGCUGUGUAAAGUGCUCAGAAAAUACCAAGAAAAGGAAGGUCACCCCUUAAUUCAGAACCACUGUGAUCCCAUGUGUUCUGUUCAAACGUCUGCUCCCAUGCGCAGGCUUCUUUAUUGUUACCCCAGUCGUUCUUGGAACAGUGGCAGGAGAGAUACCCCUCA